AUGAUUUCAAACAAUACAAGAAUUCGAGAGCUGACCACCAUCGUCUCCACCCAUACACAGAAGAUAGACGACUAUUUGCUUUCACACAAUAAACCCACUCCCUCUUUCGAUGUUGGCUGUCCGGAAUUAGACCUACCAGAAGAUCUUCAGGCUUCUCGGGAGCUCGUCAUUGACGCUACUACCGAGCUCAAGGAGCUUCUCCAAGGCCCAAAACAAUUUCUGCUCAGUAAUCCAGUAAGUUUGAGUUUUAGAAAAGUUUGAAAAGGAUCUGUUAACAAACCUCUCUUCUUUAGCCAAAUUAUUUCGUCAGCUUACACGCUAUAUAUCGCUACAACAUAGAACAGACAUUUCCGGUCGGAGGCGAGGCGACUUUCGACCAGGUCUCCAAAGUUUGCGGAUUGAAUGAGCCGGACGUGAGAAGAGUUCUCCGACAUGCGAUGGCUCAUCAUAUUUUUCGCGAGCCCAGAAAGGGGAUCGUCGCUCAUACAGCAUUUUCACAGAUGCUGGCGGAGAACAGCAAAAUGAAAGCAUGGAUGGGUGCACUGGCCGACGAUAUCUGGCCCUCAGCCGUUCAGGUGAGGAAAGUCGUCUUUGCAACAUUGAUCAUUGUUGACUGAAUUAGACUGUUCCGGCUAUGAUCAAAUGGCCGAACUCCCAGGAGCCCAAUCACACUGUAAAUCUCAUUCCGUACACCUACUGGCCCAAUUCUGACUUUGAAACAGGGAUUUUCCAAGGCCCAUGACACUCAAGAUUCCAUGUAUUUAGAGCUGGGAAAGGACCCUAAGCGAGCCGCCCGUUUCGGUCAAGGAAUGUCAGCCUUCGCCGCAGACACAGGCUUCGCACCACACUACCUUAUCGAUUAUGAACUGUGGAGUUCCUUGAAAGAAGGAACUGUAGUCGAUCUCGGAGGUUCUCAUGGAGGUUCAAUGAUAGCUCUCGCUACCAAAUACAAAUCUCUAAAGUUCGUCGUCCAAGACCUCCCUAGCACAAUUGACAGUCGCCCUUCACUACCCGAAGAUUUGGCCAACCGGAUAACCUUCAUGUCGCACGAUUUCCUCACCGAACAGCCAGUCAAGAAUGCUGAAGUGUAUUAUUUCCGUCGCGUCUUCCACAAUUGGCCGGAUACUUAUUGUAUCCGUAUGCUCCGCAAUUUGAUCCCAGCGCUGAAGCAACACGCAAGAAUCGUCAUCAACGAUGCUUGCUUACCAGAACCUGGUACCCUCCCACUGAUGGCCGAGAGGAGGCUGAGGUAUGUACAAUGAUGACUUGAUGUGAAAGUGCUAAUUUGUGACAGAGCGCUGGAUUUAACCAUGCUGACAAUUCAAAAUUCGCGGGAGCGAGAAGCUCAUGACUGGAAAGCACUGUUUGAGCAAGCUGACCCGAGAUUCAAGUUCCAAGGCAUCAAGCAGCCUAUGGGAUCUGAGCUUGCUUUCAUUUUGGCGAGCUGGGAACCUGGGAGCGAUAUGGGAGAUGGGUUGUCAAGUGCAAGUCUAGUAAAUGGAAAUAGGGCGCCUAAUAAAGACUAG